UGUGAGAAUUGUACGUAUAUAGGGAUUUCCCAAUCCUGUUCCAAAUUCUCCUGUUUUAUGUUGUAUUUUGUCCUACAGUGUUUAUAAUAUCUAUCGACGGAGAAGCGUCUGUGUUGUGACAGGGUGGCUUGUAAAAAUCUAGGUCAAAUACAUUUAACCAAUAGGUGCACUUCAGAUGUGCGUGGUUAUUUCUGAAGUUUUAUCUAAUCUCAAACUGUGUGUUAACUAAUCUGUGAAUUGUUCCACCUGUUUUUGUGAGUCAACAGAAGCAUAUACUUCAUAGCCACCUUACGAAGAACUGCUGGGCUUUCUCUCGUCCAUGUGUUAAUUGGCCUCAGUAUGUGGACAUCUACACUGUACUGUAUGAUCAACAUUUUACUCCUAAUAUCAAAGAAGAAAACCACAUUCUUAUAGCCUUGUAAAAUGUGUAUCUACUUCUGUGUUGACCUCUGGCAUUGAGUGUUGAUUGUCAUAUCUUGCUUCACUCAGCAGAUGGCAUGAUUUACACCAGGCUGUUUCCCAUCAGAGGUUUAGUCCAAUCAUUGCCACAGGGUGACAGUAGGGGUUAUAAGAGGUUAUAUAGCACAUGUAAACAGCUACGCAUACCUUUCAUUCACUUGCAGAAGGGCCUGGUGAGGCAUUCACUGGUUUCUGGACAGCCAUGGAGAAACUGAAGGUUCUGUUUGCUGUUGUUUUGUCUCUGGGAACGGCCGCAGCAGCCUCUCUGGGCGUUGUGCAAACAGAAGGUGGCGGUGUUCAGGGCCAGAAUAUCCGCCUCGGUCUUUUCCGCUCCGUAGAUGUUUUCAAAGGAAUUCCCUUCGCUGCCAAACCUGGAACAUUUGAGAAACCCAAACCUCACCCUGGCUGGGAUGGUAUACUGAAGGCAACAAAGUUUGCUCAGAGAUGUCUUCAGAUCAGCAUGCUCCAGACUUCAAGUUUUGGUAGUGAAGACUGCCUCUACCUCAACAUAUGGGUUCCUCACGGCCAGAAUGUGUCAUCAAAUCUCCCCGUCAUGAUUUGGUUGUACGGAGGAGGCUUCAUUGUCGGUGGUUCUAUGGGGCCAAAUUUUCUCACCAAUUAUCUGUACAGCGGUCAGGAAAUUGCAGACAAGGGCAAUGUUAUUGUGGUGUCUGUGGGAUACCGUGUGGGCACCCUGGGCUUCCUCAGUACAGGGGACUCUCGCUUACCUGGAAACUAUGGCCUUUGGGACCAGCAUGCCGCCAUCGCCUGGGUGAACAGGAACAUCCGCUCGUUUGGAGGAGACCCUGACAACAUCACCAUCUUUGGAGAGUCUGCAGGUGGAGCUAGUGUCAGCUUCCAGACUCUCUCCCCCCACAACAAAGGGCUGUUCAAGAGAGCCAUCUCCCAGAGCGGGGUUGCCUUCUGCCCCUGGGCACUGAACAGGAACCCCCGCAAGGUGGCAGAGGAGGUUGCAGAGACUGUGGGCUGCCCCACUGAUGACAGGAUGGAGGCCUGUCUGAAAUCAACUGACGCUGUGGCUCUCGUCAUGGCUACUCCCAUCAUCGUACCAGGCUCCCCAGACUAUCCCGGUGUGAACAACCUGUCUCUGUCUCCUGUUGUUGAUGGAGACUUCCUCCCUGAUCAGCCUGGCAACUUGUUUCACAACGCCGCUGAAAUGGAUUACCUUGCAGGGGUUAAUAACAUGGAUGGACAUCUGUUCACCUCGAAGGACAUUCCUUCCCUUGGUGACAAGAAUCAAGACACUAUAGUAGAAGACGUAAAGAGGCUCCUUGCUGCUUAUACCAAAGAGACAGGGCAAGCUGGUUUGGAGAUUGCCUUUGCCGAAUACUCGUCCAACUGGGGAUCAACACCCACCCAGACCACCAUUAAGACAACUGCUGUGGAUAUUGGGACAGACUACCUCUUCCUGGUUCCUAUACAGACUGCCAUCUUCCAGCAUGCAGCUAAUGCCAAGUCUGGCCGUACCUACUCCUACCUGCUGUCUGAGCCCAGUUUAUUGGCUGGACCAGGCAAACCCUACCAUGACUGGGUGGGCGCCGAUCACGCUGAUGACCUGCAGUACGUGUUUGGCAAACCCUUUACCACGCCAAAGGCUUAUGGGGACAGACAGAGAGACCUGUCUGGCUAUAUUAUUGCCUACUGGACUAACUUCGCCAGAACUGGAAACCCAAACAAAGGAAACCUAAAGGUGCCUGUGACUUGGCCUGAAUUCACCAUCACUGGACAGAAGUUCCUGGACAUCAAUGCUAAGAUGAAUGAGAGCUCCAUUGGACAGGAAAUGAGGCAGCGUUUUGUCCACCUUUGGACCAGCACCCUUCCCAGCCUCCCAUCACAUGCUCAGUGAUGCAUUUUUUUUUUUCAUUUAAAACACACCAAAUAUACAAAUAAAAGAGUGUGUACAAUAAACCUUAUGAGUUAAAAAUA